AUGCGCACUACAAAAACUCUGUCGCGCUCCGCGUUCUUCCUUUCCCUUCCUCCCUCCUUCAACCUCAACCACAACCUCAACCUUCUUCCACACUCGCGUCCACAACACUCUUCUUCUCCCUUGCCACAUAACUGCUCCCACACAUACACCCAUACACACAAGCAAUUGAACCAAUCAACCAAUCGAACAUUUGUUCAGCUCAACUCCGACAACAAACCAAGUCUCGAACACCCAACUCAAAUCAACUCCGACAACACACCAAGACAUUCAAUUGACAUCUGUAGCUCACACACCCAACUCAAAUCAACUCCGACAACACACCAAGACACCAUGUCUGUCAACCUCUCCGCCGGCGGUGCCUUUCCCGCAGAGCUCAAGAUGCGAGCCCGAUGUCAGGUGCCUAUCCACAAGCACCUCCACUACGAACCUUCCGCGCACAUGAUCUCAGUCAGCGCCGCCACAAACACGGCUGCCCGAACCUGCGUGAUUAUGGUGGAGGCCCCAGUCCAACCAGAGCCCGUUGCCUACUUGCACCCUCGUGCACCGGCCACAGUCCAACCGGAGCCAGUUGCCCAAUCCUGGGACACUUAUGUGCCGUUCUCAGACCAACAAAUGAAGCUUGCACCAGCCACCGCCCGACCAGAGCCAGUUGCUCAAACCUGGGAUACCUAUGUUCCUUUCUCAGACCAAUACAAGCCAGCCCCCCAAUCCUUGGACGUUCGUGCGCCGGCCACAGUUCAACCGGAGCCAGUUGCCCAGGUUCUUGCGCCGGUCACCGUCCAACCAAAGAGAUGGGACUAUGAUGAAGGUCGACAAUGGGCCAAUCUCAACCUCCGAAUCCCAAGAUCCCAGUUGGCGUAUGCGAAGUCCAUCGAGCCUUUUAUUGUGGACAACCGUCUGGCCGACAUUCCCUACGAGUUGCUGAUCAACAAGCCCGAAUCCGAUGGAGAGGUUGGAGCUAUUUUCGAGUUCUUCCCAAUCCUCCCGGGCGAGCUGCGCAACAAGAUCUGGGGGUACGCCGUCAUCAACCAACUCAAGGGUGAUCGCACUAUCCGCAUCGAGAUCCUGUAUAAUGGCUUCGACGGAAACAUUCCUCGCACUCCUCGCAUCGUCAACCGAUCGGCCCCGAUUCCUCUCUUGAAUACAAGCCGCGACGCUCGCGCCAUCGCCAUGCCCUUCUACGAGAAGACUUUCACGACCGAUGUGCCCAACCCCAACUACAUCCUCUUCAACCACGAGAACGACCGGGUCUUUGUCAACACCCCAGGAAACUUCGACUUCGUUCUCUUCAUCCGCUCCCUGCCCCUCGACCAACUCCCCCGCAUCCGGCACAUGGCCAUCACCGUCAAGGAGCUGCAGCGCCACAAGUACCCGUCCCGAAACCCCCGAAACGGUGGUGUCGUCGGCCUCAUCUCCGACUACUUCCCCGGCCUGAAGACCCUGACCAUGAUUGCCGGCGACGCCCGCAUCGACGGCCCCUACGUCCGCAAGGUCACCCGCCACUCUGUCCGCGCCGAGUUCAAGCGAUAUCAACUCGGAUGGGACCCUUCUCUCCAGCACGUGCCCGAGGUCAACGGCGACUUGUUGCCGGCCCUCCUGGCUCGGCGUUGGGGAGUCGAUGACCUGCCAUGGUGA